UUAAGUCUGAAUACAUAACAGAGCUGAGAGAGUAAGAAAGAAGGCUGAAAAUAUUUGAAGCGAAAUAAUCGACGUGUGAUGCUUGAAAGGUGCGCGAAGAAGGGGAUAUCUCCAGCCCAACUAGUUUUGAAUGGAGCAAAUGAGUGUGGAGUAGGACCUAAAACAAAUUGAAUUUUGAAACUCGGUUGGCGAAAAUUUGACUGAGUGUUGAUUAUCCAAACGAUAGUGUCGGAUAGUGUCGUGCUUUCUAUUCAUGACAAGUUCAUGUUUAUGCCCAAGGGAGUUUUGCUCUGAAUCCGCCAAUUGUGGAAUGAGUUUAUCGUGCCAAUGAACUCCACAAUGUACAACAGUAUAUUUGCUUAUACGGGAUCAGUGUGAAAUAAAUAAACAAAGUGGUUCAUUGAGAAAGCAAAUCGGCGCUCUAUAUGAUUUUUGUCUUUCAAAGCCCGUUAUUGAAACGGGUCGCAGUGAGAGUGUCCCCGUCAAAUUGCAAAAAAUGCAAUUCCGCUGAAGCUGUGAUGCUGUGCGUACGGUUUGAAUGAGAAGGAUUCAUCCCUUAUGAGAUCUGGACUAUUUGACGACUCUCAGAUUGAACCUGGGAACACCAACACUCGAUAAUUGUUAGUGAAACUGAAAAACAAAACGUUUGGAAUCUUCCGCCGUCAACUGUUUAUUUGAAUUUUCUUCGGAAGACAGAAGAAAACUUUAUCAAAUAAAAUACACCACAGUUCAAUCGACACCCCGAACCUCUUACCAACAAACAACUUGUCGAUACUUUGCAUGGUGGCAACAGUGACAGUGUACAAGUGAAUUCUGACGAGUGUACCUGGCAAGCGAUCGACACGCUUGCAACAGGUUACGAUUGGUGCGCAGGUUCACCGGUCGAGGGUAUGUUACGUGCGGAUAAACGAAAAUUUUCACGCUUCGAAGAGUGCUGACUUGGCUUCAGGUUUCGGGUUUCGUGCCUCCCGUUGAACAUGUCUUUGAAAGUGACGGCCACAUUGGUCUCUUCAUCGGUUGCAAUCGCAUUUCGCGAUAGGGCAUUGAAGUCGAAUUAAACCGGAGAUAAUUUGAGCGCGCUUUGCGCAAGCUUAUUUGGGUGUUUCUCAAAAGUUGCGUCGAAUUUUUCUCGGCUCGACCAGGCGCUUUACAACAAAACGAAAAAAAAAAACAUUGUCGGUGUGCUAUUCGGUUCUACGUUCGAGAAAAUGACACAGUGCUGCUGAAUUGGUCAACAAAACGAAAGUGAAAAUUGAUUUUCUCUGAUCACUGAUUUUUUUGGUGUGGUGUGUGAACGCAGCAAGACGGGGGGCAGCUACGCCACGGUGAAUUUCGAAACUUAUCGACUUCGAAAACAAAAGUUUUAGCCGAAGAAAAGUGAUAAAUAUUUGUAGUUAAUUGAUUGCUUUCGCUGGGCGCUCUUCUAUCACCUGUUGGUGUGUGCUUUUGUUCGCAAAAAAUCGUUUUAGCCCACCUUACGAAAAAGUAAUUACAAUUGAAACCGUGCGCAAUCGACGGUAGCGAAAAUAGUCGAAAGAAAGAAAAUAGAGUGCAAUAAAGAUUAAGCACCAACUCUAGUGCAUAAUUGUGAAACAUAGAAAAAGAAGUGGAAGAAAAAUCCGUGCACGAAGUUGAUUUUUUUGCUUGUUUAAGUGGAAGAAGCUUUUGGUUUAUCAGUGUUAUCGGCGGUGGAAAUUUUAAUUGCAAAAGAAAGGAGCCGCAAAACUUUCAGAUUUACAAGCUUGCAUCCAUACACUAAAACGAAGCGGCCGGUAAAUUGCAUGCUGGGAGCCACAGAAACAGACGGAGCGACGACGAAGAGGACGUGAACUUUUACGUGAACUCAUUGCAAAUGAUUGGAGCUUUACUGCAAACGCUUAAUUUCGACACCUAUUUGUAACUAUACAGAAAGAGAAAUACUAUGAGGCUGCCAGAGGAAGAGAGAUAACCUUGGCUUUAUCGGUGGCUUUCUGCAGUUAAUACAUAUCAACAACAAACAAACAGCAUCUAACAGUUGAAACAGUCGCCUAACCGCCGCCAUAACUGAGUUCAAGGCCUUCCAUUACUAGGAGACCCGAAUGAGGAAUCGAUCAUCUAAUAUAUCCCACUCCGACACGAGAGUAGAGUCGUCUGUGGUGUGAAACGUUCAAUAAAGCGCAAGAAGAAUAAAAGUGCGCAAGUGUGUUUGAGUUGAUUGGUGGUUUGAAUUGCAAGUGCAACACUUAAUUAAAAUCUGGAGCCUCCUCAUUAAGGCCCUGUGUGCUAUUGUGCCAAUGUGGAUGUGUACGUCUACCGCAUGAGCAAGAGCAUUUGAUUGGCUCGUAUUACGUGAAGCAACCAGAAGAAAUAAGUUGAAAACUGCUAAUUUCCGUUAGAUCAUUUUCCGCUACGAAAGCGGCUGAAACAAAACAGCAAUAUGUGAGAGAUCCCGCAGUCACGGUCGAAUCAAGUUUUCAACUUUGUGUGCCAACGAGGCGCCGGUUCGUAUUGCGAGUUUCGAAUCAAGUUAUGUGAUUUGAUUAGGGCUUCCUAAGCACGUUCCAUCGACACAAGGACGAUGUAAAGUUAAUUUUCUUGUUGAAGAUUAGAGCUAUCAAGCAUUUACAAGUUUAAUUUAGAGGCAAUUUCCGCUCUUUAAUCAAGAAUUCGAAGAGCCGAAAUCCAAUAUGGCCUCCAGUGACAAAUCAACGUCGAAUGGAACGAGUGAAUCGCAGCCGUCUUCUUGUGGCAGCGAAAACAGUAGAGAUGAGGUGGAUUUUGUACUGAAACUCCCGUCCGUGGCAGAAUCCGAUACAUGUUUGGCAUGCAGCAAGAACCAAAAAUCCAGUGGAGCGUUGAACAACAAUUGUUCUCACGGGAAAAGUCCCGACAAGUUCAACAUUUUCCAUCUCAAGCGUCGCCCCAAAAGUGAUCCUGGAACCGGGACAAUCGCUAAGCACGCGCAGCAGCUUGCGGCGGAUGCAUCGACGGAUCCUGUCAAAAAGAAAAAAUCACGCUUCGUGAAGAGUGCAUCCAUCGCACGGAUCUUCGGCAACAACUACAAUACCAAAAAACACGAACAGGACGGUGGAACACUGUUGAAGUUGCAGCAUUUCAAGCGAAGUUUCCUCGGUAGCGAGAGGUUCCACAAAAAGGACCCGACGGCUGUCACAGCCGGUGUGGGACCGGAACCGGAACCGAAAAUAGGCGAUGGAUGCUAUGUGAACGAUAACGAGAGCGGUACCAAAGCGAUCAGGUCAAUAACGCGAGGGUUGGGGCGACUGCUUAGGAGGAACAGCCAUAGUAUCGAGAUUAGUCGACCGGAUCCGGAAUACAAGGUGUCCUACCUUGGGAACGUACUGACUGGCUGGGCGAAAGGUGAGGGCUGUGUGGAGAAACCACUGGCUACGCUGUGGCGAAAUUACACCCAGAACAGUAAACCGGACGUGAUGAUGAAGCUGUGCCUGUGUCCAUCUGGGUUGAAGGCAACCACCAGGCAGCACGGCCUGACCGAGUACUGGUCUCAUAGGAUUACCUACUGCAGUGCACCAAAGAACUAUCCCCGGGUGUUUUGUUGGAUCUAUCGACACGAGGGUCGCAAGCUGAAGCAUGAAUUCCGCUGCCAUGCGGUUAUCUGUUCCAAAGAGACGAUUGCGAAAGAUAUAAGCUCCGCAUUGAAGGAAAACCUAGCCAAAGCCCUGCUGGAGUUCAAACGGGACAAGUUGAACCGACAGAACGCCCGGCUCAGUCUGGCGAACAGUGUGUACGACAACCCCAGUAUGCCGAGGCGUAAGAUAAUGCUGAGCGUCGGUGCCAAUAACUAUAGGCCGCCGCUGGAGCGCUCCAAGUCCGCCCCGAAGCUGAUGGCAAUCGAGGAAAUGAUCGGCGAAGAAGAGGAAGAAGACGACCAACUGCCGGGAGGAAGUGCCACUAAAGUUCCCAAGUCGGGUCAGGCUGCAGGAGGGGAGGAUCUCAGGGCAUGCUGCAAGGAAGAUGCACUCUACCCUUCCACCACGCUGGGCAGGCGGAGAUGCAGACGGGGUCACUCGAUGCGCAGGAGUCGGCUGAGAAACUCAUUCAAGUCGGCCAAAGCCGUCGAAGCCAAAGUACCUUUGAAGAAUGAGAAUCUCGUGCAGGAGAGUCCGAUGAAUAAGUCAGUUGAUUCCAUAUUGGAUACGAUAAAGCAAGAGGAGGAAGAAGAGCAUGUUCCCGAAGGAGGUGAAUCCUCAAGUGACAAUCUUGGUCCGAGAAAGAUAUCCCAUAGUUCUGAUUCUUCGGAGGAUGACUUCGAGACAUUGCUACGACAUUACAAUUACAACUCCAAAGAGCCACUGUCGCUGGAACUUAUCUCCUAUUUAGACAUGAAAUUGAGUCCCAAGGAAGCGUCUAGCAUGCACGAUAUAAGCGCUAGUAACCAUCGGGAUAACGUAGCCGAACUGGGAAUGCGAUUAGAAGACGCCCGCUUAGCGCUUAGUUUGGACGAUCUUGAUAGCUAUGAGAAUGAUCAUCGCCCGGAAGAAUCCGAAGAUGGGGUGUUUUUCAAUCAAGAUGAAGUUCUAGAAAUGCUCCGCAGUGCAGCAGAAUCAGCCAGCAGUUUUGUUGCUGGUGAGAAAGCCGACCUGAUGAGUUUGCUCCAGAAAGCUCCCAAUGGCGAAGAUGACACUGCUCCACCCUCACUUCUUUGUGUAUCCAACAAAAUAAGUGGUCAUUCAGACAGCGACGAAGGGUCAAUCUCCAGUGGAUGUGAAACAUCCAGUACUGUUACCACAAAUACGGACGAAUCCGCGGCGGCCAUACUAAUAAAACCAUGUUCGGUUCUUGAACGAGUCCGUAGUUUCGAACAGUUAGCCGACCACCAAGUCAUUCAGGAGCCGAUCGGCGAAAAAACUCCUCUUGGCAAACACUGUGCCGAAAAUGCCGUUUUCAAGCGUAGCAUUACAGUCCCUGCUCCUGGCGUUAAGACGAGCUUCCUACUACCGGUCACUACGACAAUCGUUCAGGAAGCAAGCAAACUUCACGCGGAACCAACGCAUCCGCUGUACGAUUCGACUUCUGCAUCCUCUACACCCAGUGGUAGCGCACAACAUUCGCUUCGACUCAAAUCAACAGUUGCUGCAAUUAACACCGAACUAAUAAACCAUCUGCAGGCCGUCGACUCCGACUCCGACCUCAGCGACGAGUCCGGUUACGUUGAAUUCCAAGACCAUCAGCCACCAAUCAAAUCCAUGUCGGCCUAAGGUGCCUCAGAAGAAAGGGUGCUUAUUUUGCACAUUCCCUUAUUCCAAUGGUCCUGUUUUCGGGAUGGCGGCGGAAACGGUUGCUAGCGCGCUGUUGCAGGUGCAGAAAAGUCUAGUGAAUUAGCUUUAUAUCUGUUGUGUUUGGUGUGGAACUGUAACUGAACAAAAGCAUCACAAACAAAUUGGUUAAUCCUCAAGGUCGAUGUUAAGAUUUAUUGUUGAUAUAUGAUAUGAAUUAGUUGUUUGUUGUAGAACUGUUACUUUUUGAUUAAUCUCACUAAAAGCGGAAUCAAGGGUGAAAGCCUCAUACCAAAUAAUUUAUUAUACUAAUACUAUGGCUUAAUGUUUAUAGGAUAGUUAUCUCUAAGUUGGGAAUCCGAUUGUUGAUAGUUGAAGCGGGAAAUACGUUAUUUACGAUAUUCUAAGAACCAAGUAAGUAGUUCACAAGUAACCAAUGAGGUGAAGUAAGAUAGGAGAGAUUAUAGUAUAACAAAUAACUGAGCAGGUAUCUAUGACCUAAGCAUAGAGAAGAAGAGCACUAUCCGCACACAGAAACACAGAUCCCUCCACCCACUUGCUCACACAAGAUGUUUUAUAUUUAGAAACUAAGCCAAUCAUGAGAACCAAAACGAUCCCCGAGUAUGUCACUGUUUGGCAUCUGUCUUUUUACAGUAAUAGUGCGUAUAACAUAUGAAGUGAACUUUAUUGGUAGUAAUCAAUCAACUGAAGGACUUAAAUUUGAAAACUGUGAAAUUAUACUAACAGAAAAGAUAUGUAUGUAACUAUGAAGAUAAAUAUAGAUGACUAUAUUUAUUUAUGUAUGAUAUUAAUGAAUGUCUCAAACGUAGAUGAAGAAAUGCGGAAAAUAAAGCAUUGGAUGGAAUGAUAAAGAUGAUUA